AUGACGAAGAAUCCUUGGAAGAACCACGGAAGAACCACCAAAGAAUCUUUGGAAGAACCACCGAAGAACGAUGAAGAAUCCUUAGAAGAACUACCGAAAAACGACGAAGAAUCCUUGGAAGAACCACCGAAAAAUGACGAAGAAUCCUUGAAAGAACCACCGAAAAAUGACGAAGAAUCCUUGGAAGAACCACCAAAAAACAACGAAGAAUCCUGGAAGAACCACCGAAAAACAACGAAGAAUCCUUGGAAGAACCACCAAAAAACAACAAAGAAUCCUUGGAAGAACCACCAAAAAACAACAAGAAUCCCUGGAAGAACCACUGAAAGAACUACUGAAAAACAACGAAGAAUCCUUGGAAAACCCACCGAAAAACGACAAAGAAUCCUUGGAAACCCCACCGAAAAACGACGAAGAAUCCUUGAAAGAACCACCGAAAAACGACGAAGAAUCCUUGGAAGAACCACUGAAAAAGACGAAGAAUCUUUGGAAGAACCACCGAAAAACGACAAGAAUCCCUGGAAGAAUCACCGAAAAAACUACCGAAAAACGAUGAAGAAUCCUUGGAAGAAACACCGAAAAACGACAUGA